AUGGGUAUCCUGAUUUAUCGUAAGGUGGCUUGGGCUUAUGAGAAUAAAAUUAUUGACCAGUGCUUGUUAGAUGGUACAAAGCCCGAUAGCCCCGAGCUAGGUGUCCUAGACUCCUGGCUUACUGGCCGGAUACCAAUCACGGUAGUAAUCAUGGCUUCUGCCUGUUGUGUCCAAGGUACUCUCCAAAAUGAUUCGCCAAAUGGCACUGUAACCGUUAUCCACGGUCUCGAUACCUAUGUCGCGUCUGGAGACUCCUCAAAGGGAGUCAUUGUAAUAAUACCAGACGUAUUUGGCUGGCUUUUGAUAAACACUCGUCUAUUGGCCGAUGUAUACGCUAGGAAGACUGGCUUGUCGGUUUAUGUCCCUGACUUCAUGUUUGGCGAUUCAUUUCCAGUAGAGAAUAUGCAGGUCUUAUCACCCGUUGAUGGUACAGUCCCGACUAUGACAGCAAAAGUUAAAACUCUAGGGAAGCUUGGAGCUUGGAUGUUUCGCCAUCGAGAGGCCGUUUCAUGGAAGAUAAUCAACGGUUUCUUUGAAGCAAUCCACAAAGAGAACACUACCCGCAAGGUUUUCGUCUCCGGUUUUUGUUGGGGAGGAAGAUAUGCUUGCUUGCUCGCCCAAAGGGAGAAAUGGCUUUUGAGUGAUAGGACUUAUAGAGAAGGUGGACUUGUUGAUGCUGUGUUUGCGGCACAUCCAUCUCUGCUUGCAAUUCCAAAGGAUAUAGAGCUCAUUGCGAAGCCUGUGAGUUUUGCGAUGGCUGAGGAGGAUGAACGUCUCCCUAUGAAAGACGUCGAGAAAAUUAUAGAGAUUCUCGGAAAGCAGAAGAUGUUUAAGAGCGAGGUUGUUACUUAUGACGGCGCCAAACAUGGCUUUGCUUUGAGGGGAAAUAUUGAGAUCCAGGCUCAGAGGGAGAAUAUGGAGAACUCCCAGGACCAGGCGGUGAAUUGGUUCAAACAGUACCUAGACUAG